UGGCCCUAAGGGAAGUAGCUAAACCUCAGGGGGCAGGGCCGACGGAUCUUGUCUGAGCUUCCCAUGAGGCCAAGGGGCUCCAACAGGACUUCCAGCGAUGGGUGGGGCCUACCCGGAUGGGCGUGGCCAAUGCUGGAGACCUGGACUGAGGCUGGGGGCGGGCCAGGCCCAAGAUGGUGGAGGCUGACGUGGUCCUUGAGCCUCCCCGGAGCUGCGAGGAUUACUGGGCUGAAUGGAAGCACUGCCGGACGGUGCGGAACCUCCUUCAUCAUUACUACACCUACGGGGAGACCCCAUCCUGCGACCAAUGGAAAAGGGAUUAUCGCAGCUGCCAACAGUGGGAGGAGAGUGGGAGUCCAGAAGCCAAGCAAUUCCUUUGCAAGAGUGAGCGAGCCCGCAUCCUGGCCAAGCAGAAGCACACCCCAGUGUGGACCAUGAGGCAGAGCCCCCCUAGGGACUGGCACCUGCCCCUGUCCAGGGAGGAGGAAUCCAAGUGAGGGGCCAUGGGAUGGAGGAGGCGGGCUGACAUCGUUUGGAACCAACACCAUGGGCCGGGCCCAUGCCAGCCCACAGCUUCUCCAGCUCCCCUUUCUGUCUGCUCCCCCUGUGCCCAGGUGGCCAGACUCAAGUGUGGCAUUGUGUGUGUGGUCAGAAGAGAGCAAAAUGUACUGUUCCCCCCCUCCUCAGGCCUAGGGAAAGGGGCAUCCAGAAUACCCAGGAUCUUGUGCUCUGGGGACAUCUGCAUGCUCCCCAUCUCUCGUGUUUGGGACCUCGAGGGGCCAUGUGAAGGUGCCCAGCCUGUCUCCAGCCUGGCGUCAUGCUGGCUCAGGCUGGGGGCCACUACCCAGCCCCGUCUGCCUCCCUCGGGUGCUCAGCACCUGCCUUUGCUCUUUGGGAUGCUUUUGGCUGCCCAGAUGUCGGCCACAUAGCCAAGCCCCGCUCCCCUGGCCCUCACCACAUGGGCGGGGGCACCAGCAGAUGAACCUGGCCCCCAUGAAAUCCCCAGCAUCAUCAGUACAGGCAAGACUAGACCACCACGCUUGGCUGACACCUCCACCCGCCAAGAGCUGGGCACUUCAUGCUCCAGAGGACCUCACCGGGCUUUUCACAACAGAUUCUGAACAGAAUUUGAAAACAAACCCAUCCGUGCCCCUUGUCCCAUUCCUGACUGACUGAUUCCUGGGUUGGGCCUUUGCUUACUUCUGAAGAUGUGCUUGUAUGAUGGAAAAUAAAUGGCCAGGCCUGCCCCAGUGGGCAGCUUGUUUUAAGAAA